CAAUAACGCUUUGGCUGGGAUAGAGAGCGUAUUGAAAAUGGCCGCCUCUACAAGCAGCGAGCUGUGACCGGACUGGGUGAACUUCUCCCAUCUCCCUGUUCACGGAAGAGCUGUUUGUGCUGACAGCGACGGAGUCGGACACUGUAGAGCUCGCUUGGAGGUUACACAGCUGUAUCUUAUGUGGAUGUUGAUAACAACGGCAUCGGGACCAUUCUGAAAGAUCCACACUCGUGUCUUCGUGUACGGCCAUAUUCUUUUUGUACAGACCCCGACGUCAUGCACUCGUGUCAUCACUACCAGCGCUGAUUGCAACAUCGUCGACAACCAGAUAUACAUCAGAACCUACUGCAAGUAAUAACCAAUAUGUCUGCCGACGUGAUUGAACGGAAGGCCUACUUUGUGGGAAUCUGGAGAGGAGACGUGGUUUCCGACAACAUCAUCCGCCAACUCAGAGUCAAAUCAGAGGCUGAUAAAGGCAAGAAGGUGAAGAUCCGAUUGUCCAAAGAUGGCGUCCAGAUCAGAAAACCUGCCAUGUUCCAGGCAUCUUCUUUGUUUGACACUUACCGAAUGGCGGACAUAUUCUUUAUGACAGUCAACCAACAGAACAGAUCAUGUCUUUUAUGCAUUGUCCGUGAUCUAAAGCAUAGAUACGCAAUUUUGGCAUUCAGGUGUUCAUCAGACCUUGAUGCUGGACUAUUCGUGCAAAAUUUCAAGUCUUGGAAAAGCCGAAGUAGGGGAGGUAAUUAUGAGUUGAAACGUAAACAGGAUGGGAACUGGACCCUUCGCAAUCGUAUUGCCUCGCCUACUCGACAGCCUCUUCAGAUACCAAACGGUAGACCUGCACACUUGCCCGUCAACGGUGACGUUAGACACGUCAACCACGCCCCGAUGAAUGAUAUAACCGUGCUUCCUGACUCCGGAGCUGUGACUAAAGAACAGGUGAUCAUGAACGGCCGUCAACAACAUAACAUAGGAAUCCAGACAAAGUCCAACGACAUCGACAUGGACCAGAUGUCAGAGGUAUCAGAUGUUUCCGCUUUUAAGGACGAACUAGAGUCUCUUUCACAGGAACUACGAGAGAUCAAGUUCCUUCUGGAAAAGUCCACCGGCAUCAGUGUAGAGGAACACUACCGUCGGGCUAGAGAAGCAACAGAAACAAAUAACAACGAGGAGAAGGUCUCGAAUGAAAGUGGUUACCCAGAUGGUAUGGCUAGAGUGUAUGUGUCUAACAGAGAACCACCAAAGAUGGUUCCAAAGCUUUCACUCCCUGCUGACAAUGAAGACGAAGUGUUUAGUGAUGAACCAGAUUUUAGAAGCUAUGGCGUCCAAACAGUUCCUGGGCAGGCACCCAGCCAUCCUUACAUCAAGACGUCAGAGGUUGCUAAAGUGUUGAAAAGAGAGUUCAGUAGUACCCAUCUUGACGACAAGACACCCCGUGUCAUGGCAGUUCCCUUCCCAGCUGAUGACAAAUCACUGCAGCCAGUCAAACAGAACGGUCUCACCGUACAAACCAAUGGUACGGCUGAUGGACAUUCUUCUGCGAAAAACAGUGUUCGGGUAAAAUUUGAUUCCAGAUCUAUGAGAGUAGCUCAUGAUCAGAAGUCAAGGUCAAUGAGACUCAGCUCGGAUUUCAUGGUACCAUCAACGGUUCCUAAACCAAUUGAGAAGACAUACGCCCGGCCCACAAUUCUACGUCCUGGGUAUGGGUAUGACUCCCAUCGCCAUGUCCAUCCCCGGAGAACCAGGCCACAAAGUCUAUACAUCAUGUCAGGGGCUCAGCCCCUUAAAGUUCAGAACCCCAAGAAAACAUAUGAAGCACAAUUCUGAAUUGAAGGCCCGUGUGGCUGACCUAUAUUAUGCGUUCAUUGCAUGUAGGGCCACAGCUGAAGAGUAUUUGAUAAUCGGAUGUUUUUUCCAGCUGAUAUUAUGAGUACGAUUUGUGGUUUGGAACAUUCAAUAUGUCUAAACGGACGAGUGAUAUGUGACUUGGGUCUAACAUUGUGCUCUAAACAGAUGGAAUUUAUUGGAUAAGAUAUAACGUUUUACUUCAGUGUCUUUAGUGGUAAGUAUAUAUUGGAUCUGAAGAUGUUCGCCAAACACUAUGGGGGUCUGAAUAGUGAAUGCCCCAAUAGUUUGUGAUUAGAAACACGGGCCUGCUUCCGAAUACCCCUAGCAAAUCAAGACAUUAAGACAUAAAUCGAACACAGGAACGACUGUGUCCAUUCCUGCGUGGAUCCUGACUUGUUACCAAUCAUUCUAAUCAGUGCAGUGUCUGUGUAGGAUUGGUAAUGUCACUCUGCAACCACCUACUGAGCAGUGUCCCUAACACACUCUUGUCCUGUGUUAGGAUGAUUCAUGUAUGACCGAGUUUGAUGGAGAUGCUCUGUGACCAGUUCUGUACAAGUUAUUUGACAAGUUGUUUGACAUGCUAUCCGACUUUUGCACGUUCUUGGGCACCAGUUCUUCUACAAGUAAUGUUAAAUAGGUUACCUGAUUUCUUUGAGAAGUUACUUAACAAAUUUAAACACGUUCUUCUGCAAGUUCUCUGAGACAAGUUACCAGCUAGUUCUUCUGCACGUGACAUGUCCCUUUAAAAGUUCCUGGACAUUUAAUUUCUUUGAUUUUUGUGGCAAGUUCUUUAACAGUACGCCUUCUUAAUAAGUUCCUUGACUAAUCCCUUGAUAAGUUCUUCUACAAGUUCCUUGACUACUUUCUUGACAUGUUGGUCUACAAGCUCAUUGGUGAAUUCCUUGACAAGGUCUUUUCCUUUUGUCUAAUUCCUUGACCGUUUCUUCUACAAGUCCCUAGACAAAUUCUUUUGACCGUUUCUUCUACAAGUCCUUUGACGAAUUCUUUGACCGUUUCUUCUACAAGUUUCGUGACGAAUUCCUUGACAGGUUCUUCCACCAGUUCCGUGACUAUUUCUUUGACCGUUUCUUCUACAAGUUCCAUAACGAAUUCUUUGACCGUCUAUUCUACAAGAUCCGUGACUAAUUCCUCGACAGGUUCUUCUACAAGCUCCGUGACUAAUUCUUUGACAUGUUCUCCACAGUGCGUGGUGCAAAUGCAUCUGUAAAAUGUGAUGGUGAAAAACAUCUUGAUAUUGUAUAUAUUACCCACUUAACAUUUACUUACGAGUUUAUAUACAUUGUGUAUGGAGGACCUACCAUAUAUACUCGGAGGGCUGGAUAAUGUUAGUUGACGUGGCGAGUGAGCUGUAGUGAUGGAAUGAAUAUAGGGUUAUCAUGACUAUACACGUGUUUGAGUGUACAAGUGUACUUGUAUAUAAUCACAGUGGAACCUCUUUAAACCAGAACCUGUAAACUGGGGACUUGUUCUUGACACUUGCUAAUCCAGAUACAUGGUUUGGUUUGAAGGGGUUUCUCUGUAACUGAGCAAUAAUCGUAUAAUGUAUGUUAACAGCAUUAUUCAACUAAGUCAGCAGUAUUUGACUAGUACUAACUCACACAUUGAUAACUGAUUCAAGAUAGACAUACCACUAAUUGAAACUAACUCUACCUUGUAUUACUCUUAUGACAUAAAGAACGAAUCAUUAAA